CAACAUGUGUUGUUUUACAUGCGUUCUUGUUUACAUAUUAUCAAUCGCAUGCCUAGAUAAGAUCGUUGCCGAUUUGCUACUUUUAAAUACAGUGAGUUUAUGAUAAUUACAACUAUGGGUAAAGUACGGUCGACGAAGAUGGAACCCCAUAAAAUAUUUUCAAAGGCGGUAAUGAAGAUGAAGUUUAUGAACCCAGAUGUUGGCACUAAGGAAGAAGACAUAAAAAUUAAAUCUGAACACCGUACUAAGAAGAAGGACUUUGUGAAGGUGAAUAGCUGGGAACCGUUUUAUGAUUUGUUACCUAUGUCAAGAUUAUCAUUCAACGGCAUGAACCCUGAUGUAGAGAACAUGAUGAAAAAACUUGGUGUGCUCCAGCGAGAUCCUCAGGAACAUGGUAAAAUGGAUGUGGAUAUAACUGUUGAAGAAAUGAUCAUAAGAAAAAAUAAAAUGAGACAGAAAAAAAAAUAAAUUGUAAUCAUUUAAAAAUA